AUGUCUUUUACACCCAUUUCCGGCCGCCUGGAGAGCCUGCAGGCAGAUACCUCUGAUGUGGUCAGAACCACAGAGACAGUGACACCAGAGUAUCACCUGAACCUCGAGGGGCAGCGCCUGGCACUGCGGGCGUUUCUGGGUUGUGGCAUCCGCUUCACCUACCGGGGGCAGCCCACCUGUCUGAACUGUCAGAGCGCCAGCGCAAAACUUUACGGCGGCGGUUACUGUUAUCCCUGUUUCAGUACGCUGGCUCGAUGCGAUUUAUGUAUCGUCAGUCCCGAACGUUGUCAUUUUCAUCUGCAUAGCUGCAGGGAGCCACAGUGGGGUGAAACCUUCUGCAUGCAGCCUCAUACGGUUUAUCUGGCGAAUACCAGCGGCACCAAGGUAGGCAUUACCCGCGGUGGCCGGGAACUUAACCGCUGGUUGGAUCAGGGCGCCGAGCAGGCAUUAGCGAUAGUAGAAACGCCAUCCCGCCGUUGUGCAGGUUAUGUAGAGCGCCUGUUAAAGCAGCAGCUGAGUGACAAGACCAACUGGCGCCAGCUGGUAACCGGUGUCCGCGGCGGUCAGGACCUGAACGCGCUUGCGGCUUCUCUGCGUCAGUCUGUGAAUCUGCAGGAUGCGUUUCGCAAUACACCAGCAGAUGCGUUGGAACAGGCACGGGUGCGUUGGCUCGAAGAUUCGGUGCAGCUGACCAUUAAAUACCCGGUGCUGCGAUACAGCCCGGCACAGCGCUUAAAAGUUACCCCGGAAGCGCCGGAGAUUUGCGAUAAUCUGCAAGGCGUGAUUGGCCAGUAUCUGCUGCUGACUCGUGGUGUUGUAUUUUUGCCUGACUAUCGUGGACUGGCAAUGGAUAUCACAAUCAGCGACAUAAUGAUGAAAGACGGGCAGCCGCAAGAAAUUAAACUGGCGGAUUACCAGGCGCCUGAUUACUACACGCAGGCUACGCACCUGACAUUUGACAUCAAUGAUGGGGCAACGCUUGUUACCAACUUGAUGUCGGUUGAGCGUCGUAACGAUGCCGCGAAUUCUCUGCAGCUGGACGGAGAACACCUCGAACUCGUUGCCGUGAGCAUUGAUGGCCGUGAGCUUGCUGGCAACGAAUACCAGAUUGAUGAGGAAUCUCUGACCCUGCACAAUCUUGAUGCCAGUCAUGAGAUCAAAAUUGUUACCCGUAUCAAACCCGAGGAGAACACCGCGCUGGAAGGUUUGUAUCGAUCCAGCAGCAUGUACUGCACACAGUGUGAGGCCCAGGGUUUCAGGCGCAUCACCUACUACCAGGAUCGACCGGAUGUGCUGGCAAAAUUCACCACAACAAUUGUGGCGGACGCCGCUGCUUAUCCCACAUUGUUGUCCAACGGCAACCUUAUUGAGGGCCCAAGCAUUGUCGAUGGGCGCCGCAGUGUCACCUGGGAAGAUCCAUUUCCUAAGCCAGCUUAUCUGUUUGCCCUGGUGGCUGGCGACCUGGAGAUGAUCGAAGAUACGUUUACCACCAUGAACGACCGUGUUGUUACUCUGCGGAUCUAUUCUGAGCCACACAAUAUUGCUCAGUGCGACUAUGCGAUGGGUGCGCUGAAGCGCUCCAUGAAGUGGGACGAAGAGCAAUUCGGACGGGAAUACGAUCUCGAUAUUUUCAUGAUCGUUGCUGUUGAAGAUUUCAACAUGGGUGCCAUGGAAAACAAGGGGCUCAACAUUUUCAAUACAUCCUGUGUUUUAGCCAGCAAAGAUACCGCCACAGAUGCUGCUUACGAGCGUGUUGAAGCGGUUGUCGCUCACGAGUAUUUCCACAACUGGUCAGGCAAUCGGGUGACCUGCAGAGAUUGGUUUCAACUCAGUCUUAAAGAAGGCUUUACGGUGUUUCGUGACGCUGAAUUUUCAUCUGAUAUGAAUUCGCGUGCGGUAAAACGUAUCGACGACGUUACUUUUCUGCGCGCGGUGCAGUUCGCCGAAGAUGCUGGCCCGCUGGCCCACCCUGUUCGACCAGCGUCUUAUAUCGAGAUAUCGAAUUUCUAUACCACCACAAUUUACGAAAAAGGUGCCGAAGUUGUACGUAUGUACAAAACGCUGUUGGGCGACGAAAAGUUUCGUGCAGGCAGUGACCUCUAUUUCGAGCGCUUUGAUGGCAGCGCCGCAACCACAGAUGAUUUUGCGGGUGUGAUGGCGGAAGUUUCCGGGCGGGAUCUGACUCAAUUCAAACGCUGGUACGAACAAGCGGGUACGCCAGUUCUCACCGUGCACGAGUCAUUCAGCGCAGGUGAAUUCAAACUGACCAUUACUCAAAGUUGUCCAGCCACCCCUGGACAGAAGGAGAAACUGCCUUUUCAGAUACCGAUAGAGCUGGGAUUACUCAAUGAAGAGGGCACCCCCCUUUCAUUUUUUGACCUGGUGAUAGAUUGUGAAGAACAGUUUGAAAGUCGAGACGGUGGGUUUUCGCUGCUGUUGUCGAUGACACAGCCCACUUCGACGGUGUCUUUCAGUUUUCUCGAUGACAAACCGGUUGUAAGCUUUCUGCGAGGCUUUUCUGCUCCUGUCCGCGUUCACUAUGAGCGACCUGCGGAAGACCUGAAACUUCUGGCUAACCAUGAUACGGAUGGGUUUGUUAAAUGGGAUUCAAUGACUUCUCUCUGGCUGCAGUCUUUUGAAGGUAAAGAGGUUGACCAUGGCAGCCUGAUAGAUAUCGUUGGAGGCAUUGCUGAACAGGCUCUGCAUGCGCCUGAGGAUGCAGAGCAGAAAAUGUUGGCGGCGACAUUGCUGACUAUGCCUGAAGCAAAUUAUCUGUUCGAACAGCUGAGCACACUUGACGUCGAUCACGUUCUAAGUACGUCCGAUCAAUUGUAUGCAUCCAUCGGCACGCAGCACAAAGCAACCUGGCUGGAACUGUUUGAGAAAAAUACUGCAUCUGGGCCUUAUCAGCCAGACGGAUUGGGUAUGGCGCGGCGGGCAUUAGCCAAUCGGGCUUUCAGUUACUAUGCACAAAGCCUUGAAGGUGAUGAGCUUGCAGAGUUUGUGACCGGAUAUUUUUCCCAGGUGGAUAACCUCACUGACCGCAGAGCUGCGUUAAGUGUGGCGGUACGUCAUGAAAAACUCGCCGCCUCUGUGCGCAGCAAAAUGCUGGAAGAUUUUUAUACCGCGUGGCAGGCUGAAGCCCUGGUUAUUGAUAUGUGGUUCAGCCUGCAGGCGCAAAGCCCAUUAUCAACCAUCAACGAUCUGCAGGCCUUAACCCGGCAUCCCGCUUUCGAUGUAAAAAAUCCGAAUCGCGCCCGCUCGAUAUAUAGUGCUUUUGGUAUGUACAACCAUCAUCGCCUGCAUGCUCUGGACGGUAGUGGCUAUCAAUUCAUAGCCGAUGCAAUUGGUGAGAUCGACCAGUUAAACCCACAACUCGCGUCUCGUAUGGCAACGCCGCUGACCCGAUGGCAUCGUUAUGAUCAUGAAAGGCAGGGCCUGAUGAAGGCGCGGUUGGAGCAGCUGUCUCAUUCACCUGACAUUUCUAAAGACCUGUUCGAAAUCGUCAGUAAAAGUCUACAAGCUGGAUAG